ACAAAGUAUUUUGGCCAAGCCGUAGACAACGAGUCAACCGAAGGGAUCGCGGGAUUGUGCGUUUCGCUUCCCAGAAUCCGGCUCCCGAUCUUCUCUGCGACCAGCAAGUUUAAAUCCUACGUUCCUGUCAAACUUUGCGGUCAAGCUCGCCAGACCCGCCACCCAGGAUCGUCUUGAAUGACCAGAAACACUGCACGACUCAUCUGCUUGUUGGCGUGUGGCGCGGCUCUGCUGAUUUUGCAGUCCUUCGUGCUUCAGUACCUCUUCAGACAGCAAGAAAAAGAGCCUGUUCAACACAUUAGUCCGAUAUGGGAAGUGAUCAAGGACGUGACCGGCGCCGCGGAGCAGUCCGGCUUUCCACUCUUCGUCUUGGACCAGAAUGCCCUGCAGUGCUUUGCAGAGAAGCCGUCUUUGGCUGACAGGUCCGGCUGUUCGUCUGCCUUGCGCGAGCAGACAGUCGUCCAGUUCGGUUCCCUGGGACAAUUUGCGAGCCAGAAGGAAGAGGAGUUCACGGCCCUGCUCUCGAAGGCGGGCUAUAGGACGUCCCGGCUGGCGGUCCCGAACCCCAGGGUGCUGGCCCAUGGCCUGGAGGUCCUCAUCCCCACAAACUACUUUGUGACUCUGGGGGACCUCACGCUGCACGUCGUGGUCUUCCACGAGCGCCCCGGUAACUUCUGGUGGCACGCGGCGGCCGCGGAAACGGACCACGGCGACUCCAACGGCACCGGCGGACUUUGGAGCGCCGCACCUGCUCCGACGAGCGAGCUGCGGUACCUGCGGAGGGGCGGCGCUUACGACAAGGUGGAGAUCCUGCCCCUGGACCUGGGCGGUGGGGUGCGGACCUUUGCCCCGGCCAGGCCGGAGGCCUUCCUGGAGGAGCAGCCCUUUGUGGAGUGCAACGCAACGCGUGCCCGGGCCUUCCACGACCAGCACGGCAGGGACGAGAGCCCCGAGGCGGAGCUGUUCCGUCUGAAGGUACACGGCCUGCUGGCCAAGGUCCAGCGCCUCCUGGACCGCCUCGGGGUGCCCUUCUGGAUCAGCAGCGGCACCUGCCUCGGCUUCUAUCGGCAGUGCGACGUGAUUCCCUACACGACCGACGUCGACAUUGGGAUCUUCAUCAGAGACUACAAGCCCGACAUGGUGUCGCUGUUCUCCACCCAUGACCUGCCCCUCACUCACCUUUUUGGAAAGGUGGAGGACAGCUACGAGCUGUCGUUUCGGGACCGCGACGUCAAGUUGGACGUUUUCUUCUUCUACGAGGAAGACGCCUACGUGUGGAACGGUGGCACGCAGGCCAGGACGGGCAAGAAGUUCAAGUACGUUUUCCCCAAGUUCCAGCUGUGCUGGACCGAGUUCCUGGACCUGAAGCUGCGCGUCCCCUGCGAGACGGAGCGCUACGUAGAGGCCAACUACGGGGCUUCCUGGUUCACGCCGCUCAAGAAGUGGGACUGGAAGGCCAGUCCGCCCAACGUCGAGGAGAACGGGGCCUGGCCGGUCGAGGAGUGGCCCCAGGUCAUCCAGCUCUUCCCGCUGCCAGACUCCUGAAACACGCCGCCGGAAUUUCGGUGUCACGGAUACCUGCGACAGUUGUCGCCACCGGACAACGGAAACAUUUCCUUCUGUGGCAUUUCGGUGCGGGAAUAAGCGCCGAGCGUUGCACAUUAAAACCCACUUGCCGGAUUCCUGACACGUCGCAAAAACAGUUAGUGCGAAAGACAAGUGGAAGACUGCAUGGGACAAGUGCUCGAAACUUUUAACUUGUCCUAUCUCCUACUUAUCCUUUGUCUUUUGGGCUAACUGUACUUGUGACCUUUAACCAAAUAGGCCAUCAACUUAUAUUACAAUUCCUGAAAUGUGCCGGACGAUGGAAGUGCUUAGCGGCGUUUCGGUGCAAGAAUAAGCGCCUCACAUUGCAUGUAUAUGUUCCGCUCGGCAGACAGGAGAUUGAUUGAAUGUGGUCGAAACCCCUGGGAUUGAGUGGAAACUCGUACCACCUAUGAAGUGUUUUAUUUUUGUUUAGAAAGGUAGUGCUACCUCUAUGUUAAGGCAGAACUGCAGCCACGGACAGAUAAACAGAUGCAGCUAAACUUCUUGAAUUGGCUCGAAACUUGCACCACCUACAAUGUGUUAAUUUCGUCGAGAGAAAUGAUAUCCAGAAACUCGCUCACGGACAACUAGUCACUGGAGUACUCUGCACGGCAGAACUGCAGCCACAAACCAAAGGGUAAAUGGACAAAUGUGGCUAAACCCCUCGAAUUGGGUGGAAGCUUACACCACCUAUGAAGCAUUUUAUUUUGUCAAGGAAAGGGGUGCCAGCUACAGGUGGUGAUGUAAAUUAGGCCUUUGAGGUGCGCAAAGGAUGCCGUAAAAUCCUGUAAAAACGCUCGUCCGAAAUUUAGAGAUAAGUUGCGAUAAAUAUAAGGUGGGCGACCUUGGAAGAUGAAAUGGCAAAACCUUAUAAAAAAUUAGUGAUAAACACCGUAGCACCCGCACGCAACAAAUCACCUGAAACGCGGGCACCUAUACCGUAGAUUACAGACAUGACAAAUUCGCAUUCCACAUCACGAUAAAGACGCCGGAACUCGCUACAAAUUUUGGUGUCACGGGAAUGGAUGCCGCAGAUGGUAGACAGAGCAAAAUUGCACUUCACGGUGCGAUAAACAAGCGAGAAUCUGCCAGAAACUCGGGUGCCGAGGGAACCAAUAUUGCGCGUUCAUAUCGGGGGAUCAGUGGCCGAAUGUCUUGGUGCACCAUGGCUGGGAGCAUGUGGCGCAAAAGCUUAUGCUGCAGAACCCAGGGAUCCUGGGCUCAAUCUCUACCACUGCCCACUUUAAUUUUGGUGAGCACUUUACCGGUGUGCGGUCGUGUAUCACUACUGCGUGGUGCACAUUAAAGACCCCAGGCUAGCAGGCGUAUUGCACUGGCUAAAUUUCUCAUCUACAGCGUAAACCAGUCUCGCCACACCUCAAAGGCAGACCAACCUUGCAUUGUUUCAACACAAGUGUCUUAAUUUCUUGUUCAAUUUUUUUUUUUUUUUUUUUUUUUGGGGGGGGGGGGGGGGGGGGGGGCGAUGUUUCAGAAUUUUGAUGUUAUAUGCAUAUUCAGCCAAGAAAACGGGAUGGAUGAUACCUCGGGAGAGAGCAUUUAUGCGGAAUUUUACAGUAUGUAUCUCACAACAACGAGAUGUUCUUUUGUUCUGAGAGGGUGAAUAUGAGGGUCACAACCUUUUCUGCUACUAAUUGCAUCAGUCUUGCGUAGCUGCUGAAAUUAUCUUUAUUGAUUGAUGUGGCCCUUCAGAUUUACUACCUCGUGAUGUAGUACCACCUUGCCACCUUGGAAGGUAACCGGGAGGCCAUGCUGAAACUCAUUGAUGUUUUAUUGUUUGGUAGUGGUGGGUUGGUGCGCAAGGUGCAUGCUGUGCGCAGCUCCUAGGAAAAUCUGGUGCAGCCCUGAAUAUAUGCUCAUGAUACAUGUUUUGCAUCUUAGCAUAAUGAUUGUCAGUGUUUGCGAGAAAUUCUAUAUGAAUUAGUGUGUUUAAGUCGUGCCAGCCAUCUGUGUUCCAUCGGUGUUGCUUGUUUUUUCCUUGGUUUUAUCAUACAAGUUACAUUUCUGAUUCGAGUGCAGUGGUUGAUUGGAGGGGAUGAAAUCGGCCUCCACUUUAAAUUGCUGCUCGCUUCGUUACGCGAGUGAUCUCAGACUUGUUCGACCCUUGCGGUUAUCCAAACAUCACACCCCACGGGCCAAGCAUUUUGCCUAAUGUUUACAGUAAUGUUGCACAUGCCAACUUCUGCUUUCAUUUCAGUUCAGUUGUGUGUGUAUAAUGUACCCAAUUGUCUGAGACAAAGGAUGAGCGGCAGUGCACUUUUCUGGUUUGAAGUGGUGGCACCAUCCUUCUCAGUGCUCCAUAACUGAUACAAGAUAUGUUUUACUGUCGGUAGUACAAGAUUCGCUCAAGGUUGACCGGGACUUUUGUUCCUGAGAAAUCAUUGAACUAUGUAGUCUAUCAUGACGAAACUUGCGGAGGAUGUUAAUGUAUUCCUCUUGAAUAUCCCAUACCUGGAAUGACGUAUUUGAUGCAUACGCAGCAGUACUAGCUAUCAUGGCAAUGAGCAAUGUGUCUAGCUGUGGAGCAGUGCUGCAUAUUCAAGUUUCUGGUUAAAAGUAAGAAAGUUAAACCAGAUUCUGAGAAGAUUGCAAGUGUGGUGUAAAUCAUGUCACCGACAAGAGUGUACACGAGAUGUCAGCAGUCUGGAAAGGGACAACAGCAACAAAUGAACCGCACAGACUCGUUCUUCCAACUCCAGUCUCGUAGCUUUUUUUUUUUACGCCAUAGGAACCAACGAGGCUGCCAAAAAAAACAAAAAAAACUUUGAAACUUUGGCAUAUCUUUGUGCUUGUCGGAGUGUCCAUUUCCUCUAAAGGAAUAAAAGUCCCGGUCAACCCUAACCGAAACUUGCAUGUACAAAGAGGUGCGACUCAUACGAAGGUGCGACUGAUAUACAAACAUUUUCAUGAAAAAGGCCGCUUUGGGGGGUGCGCAUUAUAGAAUAAAAAUUACGCCAUCUUUUUUUUUUCUGCAUUGCACAACGGUUUAGUGAAAAGAUAAAUCAAUAUCGCACCCUGCCAAAUCUAAUUGACUUUGUGAUAAUACAAAGUGCCAUCUGUGGCUUUUUCUGCAUCACCUGGUUUGCACAAAGCUCAAACUUUUUUCAUCAUCAAUGACUUUUUAUGUGGGCCAUUUAUUUUUUGUACGCAGUUGCUAGACCACCCACGUGAGGUUGGCAGUCUUUGAAAGACUGCCCAUCCAUAUAUGAAGAACACUGUUUUAAUGGGGUAGGCAGCACCGAACUCUUCGGUGUCAGUGGCGUAGCCAGGAAUGUUUUAAAUGAAUGUGUAUAUUAUAAAGUUGGCUGGAUUUUGGGAGGGGUUGAAGCCCCAUAAGCUCCCCCCUGGCUAUGUCGCUACUCCGUCUGUUGCUGCAUAUACCCAUUUUACUGAAUAUAUGAGACUGAUUCAUCCUGAGUUUUGUGAUACAUUUGCCAUCAAAAUAUUUAUUUGCAACUUUAUAUUAUGAAACUCAAAUGUUCCUGAUAACGGCUUUUUAUCUUCACUUUAUACCUGGCAGAACUCUUAAAACACUUUUGAUUUAUUUACUGAUUGAUUGUUUACGUGGGCUCAACAACAUGAAUUGGUGUACUGCAGCACCUUGUGAGUAUUUAUGAAAUUAUAUCAAAAAUAUAAGUUAGCUGUCCUGAAUGAGGGAAGCCUUUUUUUGUGUGUGUCUAGUUAUCAUACUUCAAAUUUGUGAUGUCUUCAUCAAGUUAAGGUACAAGUUUUUUAGGGUCAGUGUUCAAUAGCAGAAAAGGUGCGCUUCAAUAAAUUGGUGUUUGCGUCAGUGUGAAUUGAUUACUUUUAAUCGCUAAACAAAGUUCAUUUGUCACAUUCAUAGAAAUGUUUGCCAGCUCACUGGUAUGUGACAUUGAUAUCAAAGCUGCUGUUAUGACGAAAACCUUCUGCACAACUGUCAUGGAAUUUGUUAUGUUCAUAUUUGUUUUCCAGCUCCUCGCAUUAAAGUUGAUCCAUCUAAAAAAAUGUGAUAAGACUGCCGUGAACAACGAAAUUGAGAAACUGCAAAUUCCUAUUUUCCACAGGAUGUUCCAAUUGGCGAACUAACUUUGGUGGACAGUUUUAUGCAUGCAUCAGCUGCUCGCGCACGUGUUGGACAUGCAUCGACUGAUGCUGGACGCUUGCUCUCGAGCAAGUGGCUCGCUCUAAACUGCGAAUUUCGAAAUAAAGAGUUGCUGAAAUCA